AUGCAGACUGAUGCCCAAAAUCAAUUGGGCAGUCUAGGAGAAACCUCCUGCGGCCAACCGAUUCGCACAGAUGCUCUUAAGUUCCGACACGCUGGAGUUCCCUGGGUCGUCUCCAGUUGGGCUGUCAAUAUUGACCCCUGCAGUCAGGCAAGAAAAAUCGAUCAGAAUCAUGGAGAGUGUACACGCAGAGAUGGCCACAGAAUUCUCAUUCUUUCCACUCUCAUAGUUGGUGAUGAAAAGGAUGCAACAAGCCCCCCCAUGCGGAAAAUUUAG